AUGGCGAAGUUCUUACGAGUAAGCGGACCCAAAAAUCAAGCUUCUCUGUUAAAAAUUAAAAAUUUUCAGCUUCAUGUAAGAGGAAUCCGAAGCGUUGGUGAUGAGGAUCAUAAUGUGCACAAAAUCGAGUUUCUCUCGCCGUGCACACUGAUUAGCGGACCGAAUGGAACUGGAAAAACUGUAACUUCAACUGAAAUUUUGAAAAUUUAGAAGCUUCCUUUCAGACCACAAUUGAAGCGCUGAAUUUUGUGACAACCGGACAGAUGCCGACGCAAAAGAAGCAAGCAUUCAUUCACAGUACUGAUGUAAAUUAAAACAUUAUCUGUGAAUAUACUUAGUUUCUGAUUCAGGUCGCCCGAAAGACACGUGUAGACGCUUCCGUCGCUCUGGAGUUUAUCGAUGUGAAGGGGAGAACUUGUACGGCUCUUCGGCGGCUUGUGGCCACUACUGGAGUUUGUAUUUCUACAAAAAAUGUGGAGAAUUUUAGAAUAUUUAGGCAAAAAACACGGCUCAAGCGGAAGAGCACACGUUGACCAUCAAAUAUCCGGACGGCACAACUCAGUCGCUCAACAGCAAAAUCUGCGACUUCAAUAAAGCUGUAAGUCAAGCUAAAAUGUUUUAAAAGCAGUCUGACUCUUCAGAUUCUUCAUCAUUUGGGAGUGCCGAAGUCGAUCUUCAAAUAUGUGAUUUUUUGUCACCAGGAGGAUUCGACGUGGCCGCUCAGCGAGCCCAGAGAGCUCAAAAAACGAUUCGACGACAUCUUCCAGCUGACCAAAUUCGUGAGAGCUCAGGAGAGAAUGAAGAAGAUAACGUGCGAUUUUGUGAGGCUUUCAUCGAAACUCCUUGAAAGUAAUCAUUUUUCUUCAGAAAAAAGAUCUGGAAGUGCAGGAAGGAAAUAAGAAGCUCGCCGAAAUGAUUCUCAAAGAUAAAUUGAUCACUUCUAAGAGUCGCGAUGAAUUUAAACUGAAAAUCACAGAUGGAGAGGAGACGUUAAAAAUGCUGAACGACCUGAAAGUGGAGGGCUUUCAGAAGAGCACAGAGAUGAAAGCGGCCAUCACGAAGCUCGAGAACGUCAUGAUUUCUAUCAGUGCGUCUAGUUUUAUAGUCAAGAUUACCAUUAUCGUCGUUUUUCAGCUAAAAAUGAAUUGGAACGUACGAAUCUUCUGAAGCAACUCGCGCUGAUACGCGUCGAACCGUAUUGUGGAACCGAAGAGGAGCUCGAGCAGGAGAUCCAGGACGUUCAGACCAACUCGGGCGGCCGCAAUUUCGCAGAGGAACGCGUCAGAAUCGAGAGGAAAAUGGCAAAGAACAACCAGGAAAAGCAGGAGCUGCAGAGCACCAAAACGGACGUGGAGAGCAAGAUUUCCAGUAUCAAAGCGGAGACUCUGGUGAUUAUUUUCAUGUGAUCUUAUUAGAAUUAGGAAAAUGAAUUACCCGUUUUCAGCACCGGCAAUCCCUCAAAAAAGACCUGCAAAAUCUGGAGAAAGCCCUGAGCGCCGAACUUUCCAUCGAAAACGACUGCCUGUUUGAUGUGGAAGUCGGAAAUGCAAUCAAAAACAAAAUUAGUAAAAUGAGCCAGAGAACGAGCGCUAUUGUCAAGUCCGCCGGCGAGAUUAACGCCAAUUUCCAGUCGGCACAGGCGGCGGUCACGAAGAUCGAGGUGGAGCUGAAGGCGUUGUACACGGAACGACAACGGUUGGAACGAGAAAUGGACGACCUGAAAAUGAAGAUAAAACAGGGCGAGAAUGCAACGGCCGGGAUGAAGGAGCUGCUGAAAAAGGAGGAAGACGUGCGCAAUACGUUGGAAUCACUGCCGGAAAUGGACGAGAAUGCGCUGAGCGACUGCAAACGGAAGAGAGAAAUUGUGCAGAAAGAGCUCGAUGGGCUCAAGAAACGAUGCUCAGCUGCGGAAGAAAACGCGGAGAAGGAGAAGGAAGUGACGAAACUUAGGCAGACGAUCUCGGCGAACAGAAGGAAGUUGGCGAAUUUCGAGCAGAAGCAUCAGACCAACUGGACCGGACUGUUCGGAAAGAUUCCCACGGCUCCGUGGGCUCCUGCUCUCGCUAAAACCUUCACGAAACUAAGGAAUGAGAGGAAAACGACAGAGGAAGCGCACAGAGAGGUCCAGCUGGACGUGCAGAAGCUCGAAACCACCCAACAACAGCAGAAGAAGUACGAAGAGAAGCUGACGGCCCAGGAGCUCAAACUCAAUGAGGAUAUCUUCGAUAAAUGCGCUUGUGAGCCGGAUGAAGUCGCCGGAAAACUUAAGGAUCUCCGCAAGAAGCUGAGAAAAGCUCGAAAGGAACUUGCGCCGAUCAGCGCGAAAGUCGAUCUGUACGACACGUGGAUUGAGAACUCGACGAGCAGUGGAUGCUGUCCGCUUUGCGACCGAGACUUCAACACGAAAAAGGAGAUCAAGGAGUUUACGAAAAAGCUACAGAACAUGACCCUGAACUUUCCAACAGAGCAGGAAGAAUUGGAAAAGGAGGUGGCCACGAUGGAGGAUCAAGAAGCGGUGCUUGUGAAGGCGGAAGGACAAGCUCUAGAGCUUGAAAAAGUGCUCACCGAGCUGAAGGAAGUCAGAGAGAAGGGAAGAGGUGUGCAGAAGGAAAUGAAGCUGGCGAAGAGGACGUUGAAGGAGAAGGAAGAGCUUCUGGAGGGCAUGAACGAGAAAAUAAAGCUUGCCGAGGACCUCCAAGCCGACGUGGGAUUGAUGGAUCAGCUGCAUCAACAAGUGACCGAAGAAGAGCAGAGACUCGGGAAACUGACUGCAAAACUCGAAGAGACGGGAUCAGAUAUGCAGGACGGAAAGACCUACGUGGAACUUCGCGAAGAGGUCGAAGAAAAGGAGAGGGAGUACAGACGACUCGUGCAAUCCGGAGAGGAGAUCCAGAAGGCGGGCGUCGAGCGGAAUCGACUGCAGGCCAAACUCAAUGAGCUCGGCUCUCAUCGGGUUUCCCUCGGAGAAGCGGCCGCUCAGACCGGAGCUUUUGCGGAGCAACUGGAGAAAAAACAGCAGGAGAUUCAGAAGUGUGUGAAGAAAACCGAGCAGAAAAGAGAGGAGGAUCUUCCGGAUGCCGAAUUCAGAAAAGAAGAAAUGCAGCGAGCGCUAGAUUCAAAAGAGAAGGAGCGGAAAAUUGCCGAGAUGGAAAUGCAGUUGAAGAAGAUGGAUUUGGAGCAGAAACAUAAGCAGUGGAGCCAGCUCACUCUCAGUGUGGCGGAAGGAGCCAAAUGUGAACUACGACUUCAGGAGCAGGAGAAGAGCCUGCAAAGUGUGAACGAACGGAUCGAAGAGAAUCAACAGCGGCAGAAGCGGUUCGAGGAGGAUUUCCGGACGAUCAACGGCUCGCAAAACAAGCAGCUGGUGCUUGAGGAUCAGCGACAGCGCAUGCGGAUUGAGAGGAGGGUUCGAAGUGUCGAGGAAAAGCUGAGGAGACUCGCUGAGAACGGAAUCACCGAGGAACAGAUUACCGCGAUGAAACAAGAGCAUUCGGAACUGCAGAAGAAAAUCAGUCAGCGAGGAAACGAGGAGGUAAAGGUGCUGACUCAGAAUCAAGAGUACGAAAAGCAGAAGGCGGCGGCCGAGACGAAAUUGGCGACGAAAGAGUGUCAGAAGGCGGAGACCAACUAUCGGGACGCCCUGCUCGAAAUUGCGCUUCUCUCGGAGACCAUCAACGAUCUGAACAAGUACCGGCAGUGCCUCGACGUGUCGCUCAUUCAGUUCCACACGGAAAAGAUGUCGGCCGUCAAUGUGAUCAUCGACGAGUUGUGGCGAAAAGUGUACAAUUCGACAGACAUCACCACUAUUCGCAUAAGGUAUUCAUCGGAAACCUGGAGAAAUGUUUUCUUUCAUCUGUUUUUUUUUCACAGAUCGGACAACAAAACGGACACGAGUUCUCGAGGUUCCUACGACUACAACGUGAUGAUGGUUCAGGAGAGUGGCUCGGAGGUGGAAAUGCGUGGGCGGUGCAGUGCGGGACAGAAGAUGCUUGCCUCGCUUCUCAUUCGCAUUGCCCUCGCCGAAGUGUUCGGAGGGCUGUGCUCGAUGAUCGCGUUGGACGAGCCGACCACCAAUUUGGAUGAGUCUAAAGUGGGCUCCACAAUUUUCCAGCAAAAAACCGAACGAUUUCAGGUGGACGGAAUGGCGAAUGUGCUGAACGAUCUGAUUGAGGCGAGACGUGGAUUCGACGAGAGCGGAAACAGAAGAGGGAGAGAGAUGCAGGCAGGAUUAAGAAAUUUGAGAAAAUGUGGAUGAAAAGUGAUCUUAAAUUUUGCAGAUGGUCGUAAUCACUCACGACGAACGACUCGUGAAUAAACUGACAAUAGGCUGCCGUCCCGAAUACAUUUAUUGCCUCGGAAAAGACGAGCACGGAGUGAGCUUCCUGUCGAAGCGAAUGCCGGACGGCCGCGAAGUGCGCGUGACGAAGCGCAAACCGGUUCAGGAUGUACUUUGA